CUGUAUUUAUUUGUUUGGAGUUUUUUUAGUCGUUUAUAACAGCCUGAUUUUGAUCCGUAAGGAAUGGAAUAAUAAGUUUAGGAGAAAGUCUAAUCUGGAACAUUAAAUGGGAGCUAAAACAAUGAUAUUCUUAAACAAAAACCAAACUUGGUAGGUCAGUAGCCUUUACUAGUUGCUUCUAACUAGGGAUCGUUUUGAGUAAGUGAGUAGUGUAAGUUAUUGGAAAGCGUAGCAGAGGUGUAUUUUUUCUUAGCGGGAAGUCAUUGUUUACACUAAAGAAUAGUUUAGAUCUUGGUCUUGAGAGUGCAUAGUGCAUGUGCAACAGGGUUGUCAGCUGAAAGCAAGGGUUCUCUUCAUUGUGGUUCUCAGAAGAACUACGUGACUGUAGCAGUAAUGACAACAAUAUGUACAAAAGUUCCCUUGGCUUUCAUUUUUCUUACCUUUUAAAACUUGGUUUAAUUCUGCAAGGUUCUUGAUACCUUCUGCAAACUGCUACUGCAUACCUUCGUUUCUCAGAGUCUCCCCUCUUGUGUGAAACCCCCUGGGGAAGAGGCUAUGGACAAAACCAUUGGCAAACAGCAGAAACUGGCUUCAGACAAAAUGCUGUCAUACAUAGCAAAUGAAGAGACAGGAAAAAACAUUUCUGUAAUUUUCCAGCUGAGAUUUUACUUGUAAUAAGAGUGGAAGGCACAUUUCCAGAUAGAGACAGAGCAUACUUCACGAGCAGAAAGGAAAAGACGUGAUUCAUUCGGGAUGUUUGACGGUUAUGAUAGUUGUAGUGAGGACACCAGCAGCAGCUCCAGUUCAGAUGAAAGCGAAGAAGAAGUUGCUCCUUUGCCAUCCAGUCUCCCAAUCAUAAAGAAUAAUGGACAGGUCUAUACUUAUCCAGAUGGUAAAUCUGGCAUGGCUACAUGUGAGAUGUGUGGAAUGGUUGGCGUCCGCGAUGCUUUUUACUCUAAGACAAAACGCUUCUGCAGUGUGUCAUGCUCUAGAAGCUAUUCAUCGAACUCCAAGAAGGCCAGCAUUCUGGCCAGGCUUCAGGUAGCGGGUAAACCUCCAACAAAGAAGGCUAAAGUUCUACAAAAACAACCCUUAGUGGCUAAAUUAGCAGCAUAUGCUCAGUAUCAAGCAACUUUACAAAACCAGGCAAAGACUAAAGCAGCAGCUGUCCCUGUGGAAGGUUUCAGCUGGGGCAACUACAUCAAUAGCAAUAGCUUUACAGCAGCUCCUGUUACGUGUUUUAAACAUGCACCUAUGGGGACGUGCUGGGGUGACAUCUCGGAAGGAGUGCGAGUGGAGGUUCCAAACACAGACUGCAGCCUACCUACCAAAGUCUUCUGGAUAGCUGGAAUUGUAAAAUUAGCAGGCUACAAUGCUCUGCUAAGAUACGAAGGCUUUGAAAACGAUUCAGGUCUUGACUUCUGGUGCAACGUUUGUGGGUCUGACAUCCACCCAGUUGGUUGGUGUGCAACCAGUGGGAAGCCCCUAGUCCCUCCUCGAUCCAUCCAACACAAAUACACAAACUGGAAAGCUUUUCUAGUGAAACGACUUACUGGUGCCAAAACACUUCCUCCUGACUUUUCUCAGAAGGUGUCUGAGAGUAUGCAGUAUCCAUUCAAAACUUCCAUGAGAGUAGAAGUUGUUGACAAAACACACCUUUGUCGAACACGGGUAGCAGUUGUAGAGAGUGUCAUUGGAGGACGGUUAAGAUUGGUGUAUGAAGAAAGCGAAGACAAAACUGAUGACUUCUGGUGCCAUAUGUACAGUCCGCUCAUUCAUCACAUUGGUUGGUCUCGAAGUAUAGGACAUAGAUUCAAACGAUCUGAUAUUACAAAGAAACAAGAGGGACAUUUUGAUGCACCCCCACACUUAUUUAUGAAGGUAAAAGAGGUUGACACAGCUGGGGAGUGGUUUAAAGAAGGAAUGAAAUUGGAAGCUAUAGACCCUUUAAACCUUUCAGCAAUAUGUGUGGCAACUAUUAGAAAGGUUUUAGCAGAUGGCUAUCUUAUGAUUGGGAUUGAUGGCUCAGAAGCAGCAGAUGGGUCUGAUUGGUUUUGUUACCAUGCCACUUCCCCUUCUAUUUUCCCUGUUGGUUUCUGUGAAAUUAACAUGAUUGAACUAACUCCACCCAGAGGUUAUGCAAAACUCCCUUUCAAAUGGUUUGACUACCUCAGGGAAACUGACUCAAUAGCAGCACCUGUAAAGCUCUUCAAUAAGGAAGUUCCAAACCAUGGGUUUAAUGUUGGAAUGAAAUUGGAGGCUGUUGAUCUGAUGGAACCUCGACUGGUAUGCGUGGCCACAGUAACUCGCAUUAUCCAUCGCCUGUUGAGGAUACACUUUGAUGGGUGGGAAGAUGAAUACGAUCAGUGGGUGGAUUGCGAGUCUCCAGACCUCUAUCCAGUGGGAUGGUGUCAGCUAACUGGGUAUCAACUACAGCCUCCAGCGCCACAAUCGUCAAGAGAUAGCCAGUCAAGUUCAUCAAAACAGAAGAAAAAAGCUAAGUCACAACAGUACAAAGGACAUAAGAAAAUGACUUCGUUGCAGCUGAAGGAGGAGUUGCUAGAUGGAGAAGAGUAUAGCUUCCUUCAAGGAGCAUCUGAUCAGGAAAGCAACGGAUCUGCCAGUUACUACAUCAAACAAGAACCAUAAAGGCAGAGCUCAGAAAAGUAAGGGCAGGGUAUUGGUGAUAGGAAAAGAGCCUUUCUCCAAGACUGACUGAUUUUGUUCCCACUUUGAUGGUACAGUUUGGAUGGCUGUACCUGGGGCACUUUGCUAACUGUAGAUGAGUUAGACUCAGUUCAGAAUUUUUUGGAAGGGCGGGGAAACUAUUUUAGUGAAAAAGAUUUUUUCAAUUUAUUAAAAACAAAAAUGGACACUUUUGUGUUGUAUUUGAAGCUUUUGAAAGAAUUUUGUAAUAUUUUCAAGUUCAGAUUUAUUGUGCAUUGUUAACAAGAACUGAAAUUCUAAUUUUUUGGUAAGAUUAAAGUUUAAUUAGCAGGAUCAUGGGAAGCUGUUGGAGGAAGAUAUAGUUGCAAAUACAAAUGAACUGUCAUAACAAAUGAACCUUUUUGGUACAAGUUGGGAGACUUUUAAACUCUUGUGAACUGCACUGGUCACACCUGUUUUUUAUUGUGAAAAUAAGGAAUUUAAGCCCCAAUUUAGAGGCAUGAGUUGUAGGCGGAAGAGAGAGUCCUGUAAAGCUCUACUCAGUGAGUAGCCCCAAUUGCAAUGGAGCCAUCACGUGAGGGAGAUUUUAACUUUUCAAGAUGUUUUUAUUUAGUAAAAAUACUUUUUUUAUAUAAGAUUUUUUAAAAUAAAGUUCCUUUUGGAUCUGAUUCAGUGCCCGCUAAUAUCAGUAGCCUUGUCUCCAUUGACCGCUGUGGGCACUGGAUCGGGACUAUAAAGCUCUUCUCUGUACAUGAAUGUCUGUAGUCUUGGAACGCUCCAGCAAAUGUUUACAGAGCCCUAUGCCAAACUGGAACUUCAGAAAAUUCCCCCAUUUGGGAGAUUAGAUUUAGCUAUGAAUUUAGACAGACAAAGAAGCUAGACAAACAGUAACUCAGGCCUCGCUUGACAUUGGGAAAGGACUUCUGAGUGUUCUUCUGACUUAUUUUUUCCCUUCAGGAAGACCUAGAUAUUUUCUCACCAUCUUAGGUAUUUAUUUCUGAGCUUCGACACGUUCAAAAUUGGUGUCCCACGUGGUUCCAGGUGAGCUAACAAGAACCACAUGUUAUGGAUGAAAAUUGAGUUCAGCUCUGCAGAGCCUGCAAUAUUUUUUUCUUGUGAUAGUGUAAUAUGGAAAUGGAGAUUUGAGAAAGUGUUCAUAAACUGGAUCUGCUUUUUUUUUUUGGAAUCCUUGCGUCUCACUUCAGGUAUCCCAUUAGCUCCACCUGCUUGAUUGUCCAGCUAUUUUAAAGGCAGAAAUCAUGCAAGAGAGUGAAAAUAACUAACAGUAAAAUAUGAAGUACUUUAGCUUGAGCUAUUAAUGAUUUGGAUUUUAUCUUUCCAUAUUUUUUAAACUUUGUACACUUUUGUAGAUGGCUUCAUUAAUGAAGUUGAUUGAUUGAUUAGCAGAAUGAUUUAUCAGCCCUGCAGAGCUGUGACUGGAAAGAUGUGCAUCAAGAGCUUUAGCUUUUACCAGUAAGGUUCAUUAACUAAACUCUCAGGAAUUAACUGCAUAUGUUCUGCAAGUGCUUCUGGGUCUUAGCAGGUCCCCUUCAGAGCAGUACUAUGAGCAUCUAACUCUUGACCAUAGGUUAAGGCUUAAAAAAGAAAUUAAUCAAAAUGAUUAACUUCUGUGUUUCUACAGCCUGUGAAACGCUUUAAGGAUAUCAACCCACAGAGCCACAGAAGACCGUUUUUGUAUAUUGUUGUUUGAGCUUAAAAAAAAAAAAGUGCAUAGAAAGUUGAAAACCAGCAAUUUGAUUAUUUUCUAAAAUAUUGCUCUAACUUUGGGUACAUAGUAUUGGUAAUAUGCACAGGUUUACCUCAUUCUAUGCAAGAGGGGUUAAUUAUGUAAAGUUUUGUAUUUACUACUGGAAGUAAAAAUUGUCUUGUAUAGUGUAGGAAUGUCUGGAAUUCUUUUCUCCCUUACUGGUAAAAGUUCUUUAAGAAUGACCCCUUUCUGACAACAGUUUCUUAUAUGACAGAAUCUGGUUAUCAGGUUAUAAAUAUCUAUAAAAUCAGGUGGUAAAGAUAUUUAGCGCUCUAACCUAGCCAUAGUAAAAGGACUGUAUCAGGGUUGGUAGACUUCAAAUACGUUCUUUCAGAUUUUGACCCACCCAUUACCUUUAUUUUAAAUAGCCUGUCCUGGAGAUGUAGGAUUAGACACUGUUGUUGCAGUGGUAUUUUUGUGAGCCUUAAUUUACCCAGGCUCUCGAUUUAACCUGCUAUGAAAUCCGGUUCUGCAAGCGUUGAUUUGGGUUGGUAAGCACAUUACUGUUGAUUUUUUGAAUGGGACAAUUAGCAGGUUGUCGCAGUCAGCUAGAACAGGUUGGCACAACCUUGCUUUCUUCUCUCUUAAGUCCUCUGUUUUAACCAAGCUUCAUGACUUAAGCAGAAACACUGUUGCAUAAAUUUGUGUCCUAAUAUGAAUUUGAGCUGGAAAACUGGGCUAGUAAUGAGAUAGUGGUAUAUCCAAGUCAAGGAAUUUGGAACCCUGGGCUUGUGUGUGUGUUGCCCAGAUGAGAACUUUGGUUUCUCAGUCAUAUCUGAAUUUUGAGGUACAGUCUUCAAGUGUUAAGAGGAAAAUUUAGCACUUACGUUGAACACAUUUCUUAGGAAAUGGAAGAAUCCGAUUUGAAGUCUGUCAGUCUUCAUAAUGUUCUUUAAAAAUAGGUAUUUUGUCAGCUAAACACUAAGGUGUAUGGGUUGACUUGCGCUCUCAAAUAUACAUGCAACUUCAGUAGGAGUUGCAUGCUGAGAUUUUUAGGGUGAAAUUUCUCUCAUGUUUCUGAGUUCAAAAUAUACCUAUAUUGUUCAGUUGUCAAGUACAGUGAAAUCUGUCCUAAGCAAGCCGUUAUAAGCAAAGGACCUCAGUUAGUUCCUUAGGAGAGUUUUAAAGUAAAACCUGAGCAAAAUUCUUCCAGGUAUUUAGAGAAUGGUCUCUCUAAAAGUGGGUUGCCUGUUAGCUGUGGUAUCCAUAGUAUAGGCUUCACUGUAUUUGUAAAGCAUUAAUUAGUAACAUGGCUCCAAGCAUUUUUAUCUUCACUUUAAGCUAUGUUACUUGGCUAAAAGAAAAGCAAGGUAUUGGACAUCUGAAAUCUUUAAUGGGGGUCAAACUAAUUUCAGUAUUUGGCAUAGCAGGUUUUUAUAACCAUGGGGUAGUGCAAGUUAUGUAUCUUACUUUGCAGCUACCCUUUUUUAUUGCUCAAAAUCUUUCUGAGUUUUGAUUUUUAUGUUAUUUUAAAUACAACUCUUUAACCUUUUCCUUGCUGCAUCUGAGGAAAGCUAAAGCAGUUAUUGAUUUCUCGUUCUACGGAUACUAACACGGGUUUCAGUGUUUGUUUGUUUUUAUUGUUGUUUUAUGUGAUGUGAAUGCCCUCUCCCGUUAAUAUUUGUACGAUGGUGCUAAUAUAUUUGGUAACAAUCCUUUAUUGGGAAGGGAUUUUAAAAAAACUGUGAUUUAAACUGAAUUUUUCUUCCUUUUAAUUUUCAUAUUUAAGAAGAAAAGCCACAGCCAUUUAUACAAAAGGCAUCACCUUUGGCCCCUGGGAAAUGUGUUGGGGCGGGAAUCAAGAUAAAACAAAUAGGGUUUUUACAUCAUUUCUGUAUGUAUUUGAUAUAUAGAUCAAUAUCUGUACAAAUUUAAUCUUUUAUUUUCUUGGUAAUUUGUGUGGUCAAUAAGAGAGAGUAUUUAAAACUUUCUCAUGCAAUGUACAUAACAGUGAAAAAAUGCUUUUGGAGAAAUUAAUGUUACUUUCAUUUUUACGAGACUGCAGAUUUUCAGCAUGGAUGUGAAAAGCAUUAAAAUUAUAACUUUGUGUACAAGAUGAAAAUAAUUCACUAAAUUUGCCUUUUUUACACAAAAUAAAAACGUUAAAAG